AGCCGAAGAGAAUCCCGGAAGUGUGUGAGUCCGCUCCGGCCACCGCUGGGGAAAAACAAUGACACACACCAAAACGUUUUUACUUAAUCUCUGCAAAGGGACACGGCCGAGGGAAGCGGCAACAAAAAAUUAAGAGCUUUUCCUAACUAUCGCAGGCUCCUGGCAUUCACAUCCAGGCUGUGCUUGGGCUCUGGAUGUGGCAACCCUGAACCAGACCUGUGGAACAGACGGCAUGUCACUGUGAAGCCUGGACUCAGAGAUUAGAAUGCAGUCCUCAGGCCACCGGCUGCAUGACAUGGAACAGCACCGCCCCCUGCUGGGCCAGGAGGAGGAGCUAGCGCACGGGGCGUCGGCGAGGAUCGUCGACCGGGUCUGGUUCAUCCAGGAUGGCUGCGGCAUGAUAUGUGCGGUUCUCACCUGGUUCCUGGUGCUCUAUGCCGACUUCGUGGUCACCUUCGUCAUGCUUCUGCCUUCAAAAAGCUUCUGGUACUCCCUGGUCAAUGGCGUGGCUUUCAAUGGCCUGGCCUUACUGGCGCUGGCCUCGCACCUGCGCACGAUGCUGACGGACCCGGGGGCAGUACCCAAGGGCAACGCCACCAAGGAGUACAUGGACAGCCUGCAGCUGAAACCCGGGGACGUCAUCUAUAAGUGUCCCAAGUGCUGCAGCAUUAAGCCGGAGAGAGCCCACCACUGCAGCAUCUGUAAGAGAUGCAUCCGCAAGAUGGACCACCACUGUCCUUGGGUCAACAACUGCGUGGGGGAGAACAACCAGAGGUUCUUCGUCCUGUUCACGAUGUAUAUAGCCCUGAUUUCUAUCUACGCCCUUGGCUUGAGUGGAAUGCAGUUCUUCAUCUGUGUCAAAGUGCAGUGGAACGAGUGCAGCGACUUCUCUCCGCCGGUCGCUGUGCUGCUUAUGAUCUUCCUCUGCCUGGAGGGCCUUCUCUUCCUCACCUUCACCGCCGUCAUGUUCGGCACGCAGAUCCACUCCAUCUGCAACGACGAGACGGAGAUCGAGAGGCUGAAAAACGAGAAGCCCACUUGGGAGCGCCGCACGCGCUGGGAGGGCAUGCGGGCCGUGUUCGGAGGCCAGCCCUCACUGCGCUGGAUCAACCCCUUCGCCGGGCUCCGCCUGCGGCGCCUGUUCACGCCGCACUCGCGCUGGGGCCCGGAGCUCGCGGUCUAAGCUUGCCGGCCUCUCCCACCGGCCUCUCCCGCCGCCCCCGGCCACAGUGAGCCUCCGGGGGGGGAGCUUUCCUGCUGGGGGAGGAUGGGAGCACCUUUGCUUUCAGACAGCUGGAGGAGGUCAGCCUGUCCUACAGGACUGUGUGGGAGGCAGUAGAGCUCUCUCUCUCUGUCACACACACACACUACACACAGAAUCUUUUAUGGGACUUUAAUGCUCCAUGCUUUUAAGUGGUACUGAACAAAAGGGAAAAAUAAGAAGUUUUUUUUUCAUGUUCAGUGCCAAUAGACUUGUAGUACUAAGCACUACACAAAGGUGUUUUUUUUUGCGUGAGAUGCUGACACUCCAUGGCGCCCCCUGGUGCUCUCAAGACGAAGUUCAAUCUGUGGAGGCAUACAGCCGGAGACUGCAGCAGAGGGGUUGACUGGAGAUCUGACACUGACAGCAUUGCAGCCCUUCAGCGGUUUGUGCUGCGGAGCGUUCUGGGAUUUUGGGGGGAGGGUAGUGAAUGAACACACUGCCCUAAGAAAUGCUCGGCACAUUUGCGUAUGGCACUGCUUGUAACUGGACUGUUCUCAUGUCUGAAUUUUUUUUUUAAUCCAUCUCAUAUUCGACUCUGUAGAUGGAUUUUGUUUUAGUAAUUGCAAGAGAAUCAUUUUAAAUGACUAGCUAUAUUGACAUGAUAUUUAACCCAGAAAAAAAGCAAUGUGCUGAUUGGAAUAUAUAUAUAUAUAUAUAUAUAUAUAUAUAUAUAUAUAUGAGAGGAUGUAUAUGAAUAGGACACCUAUGAUGCUUCAUGAUGUUUACUCUGGACAGCCGCAAUACCAGACAGACCACAUUUCAGAUGAAAUGCUGGCUGACAGGGGGGCCAUAGCCUUUCAGAAUUGUGGGCCCCUUGUUGGCUAGCCCCGUAAAGGCAGUAUUUGGGAUGGAUAGAAGAAUGCAAGUUUUGAAGACUGGGAUGAGUGUGAUCACAGUGCUCUGUUAGACACUGACUGGACUAACCUAGCUCGAGCUAGUAAGGUAAAAACAGGCAAGUGUAUUAAACCUCUCUUUGUGGUUUCAAACACGUGGAGGAUAGAACCUUGUUUUUCCCCAUCAGUACUAGUCACAUGGAUUGUUUUACCCCUAACUAGUUAUGGACAAAAUGACGCAUCAUGAACCAUUUGCUGUUUUUUCUGACCCCACUAGAUGGUGCUCUUGGUUUACUUUGGGGCAUGCUUUGAGCCCUUUUUUGAACAGAGAGCACCAUCUAGUGGAGUCCGAAAGUACAGCAUAUGGUUCAUGAAGUGUCAUUUUGUCCAUCAUUACCCCUAACAUUUUAAUAGGGCAGGGGAUAUUAAUGUGCACAUGGGAGGGCAGGUUCCCAGCUUAAAUUUCCCUUUGCCAAACUGAUGUUAAAAAUCCCAAACUGGAUGCCCAUGAGCCAUUUCUGUCCAGAGCAGCUGGUUUGCGAUCCCUUACAGAGGAGUGCUCAGCGCUGCGGGUAUGGACUUGGAAAUGCUGUAUAGGGCCACACGCAGCUGCCGAUUAGAAAAACCCAUCCUGGUCCCUAGGCAGAUGUACGAGGGUGCCCGUAUGCUGGAGUUCCACCAAGGCCUCUCAAAGCAUUGUGGGAGAUUUGGAACAUAAGGGAGCUUGUGCAAACCAAUGGUCCCCCCAUAAAUCUAACCCCUUGUAUCUCCUGAUGCAGAGCUUUUAAUAACGGGUGCACCAGUCUGUCCGAACGGCGAAUUUUUCGUGCUGUAUUGAUGUUGACCAUAUUUUAUUAAAGACCUGGGGUGAGUUUCUGAAAGGCUGCUUGAUGCUACAUUGUUCGUAAGUUCCAUUUUUUAACAUAGAACUUACGAAUUACGUAGCGUUAAGAAGGUUUCGAGAAACCAGGCCCAGACCUCAAGGUCCAGAAGAGUCCCAAGAACUCCUGAGGAGCAAUGUUCAUGCAGCAUGUUUGAAAAUGUCAGCCUGUGACGCCAAAUUUAUCGCCAAUUUAUGAGUGGAAACUGCAGCAAUGAGUAUUUAUUCUGUGUCAUAUCUCCCCUUUAAGACAUCACCUUAAUGGGAUUGACCUGUGAAUGAAGUAAAUUGUUUUACUAAUGAAUGUUGGUGGUUUUUUCUUUAAUCUGUGUCCAAGGAUUGCUACAGAAGUAUAAGAAUUUGUCCUAUGAAUUCUAUUGAGAUUAAAAUGUGCAUUGGUCUGUUUUAACUGGCAGUUGGGGAUUUGAGAAGGUUAUAGCUGUUUGUACAAUCAGAGUGGACAAGACUCAUAUUUAUUAAACCAAACAGAAAAGUGUUAAAUGGCGACUCUGUCAGACUCCUCUGGCACUCGUGUGUUGCUGCCCCGUCUCUGGGUCCUGCCAGGUCAAGGGGUACCCCCCCCCCGGCCCCCUUGGCAGCAGCUGCACGAGGGGACACUGACAACUUUCAUCAAAAUCACUCCAGGUGUUAUCAGUAAAGUUUAAAUGUGAAUUAUCAGCAAUUUUUUAAGGAGAAAUGUCUGUCAUUAAUGGUAUUUCUAACAUGUAAUUCUUUUGCAUAAUAAAGUUGGUAGGUUUAAAAUUA